GUCACAUAACGUUAGGGUCAUCUUGCACAAUUUUACGGCCGUUAUAAUAUAUGUGAAGAUCGCGUCAUUUUAGCGAGGAUUUCUUGGAGACUAAGACUACAAAUCUCGUCCAUGGCUUUACGUAACUGUAUUUUGUCGUCAGCGAGAGCGAUAGACUCCAUUUUUGGCGCAAAAGUGGCAAAUUUUCUACAAACGCGUCGUCUGCUAUACAGCUGUGUCCUCAAGGUCAUACAGCCGGCACAGGUGCAGGUCGGAUCGCCAAGAUUUCUCAAGGAGCCUUCGCAGGUUCUUACCACCGGGUAUAGCUUUUCUUGGAGAGGGUUGGCUACAGAGACGGCAGAGAGAAAGGACGGGCAAGACUUAGGGAAGACAAACGAAGAGGAACCCUUCAUCGACGUCGCCUGGCCAAACGAGGCGUGGUCGGACAUUACCAAGGAGAUUUUCCACCAGUUGAAUGCUGGGACGGAAAAUGGCAACUGGAAGCGUCAUCCGGGAUAUCUUCGGACAGGAGAAAGGCGUCUGUACAGUAGGAACAUUUCGGAACAGGGAAAAGGGUUCGAGUACGCCGUUUUUAUCAAUAAAAGGGAACAGCGAGCGACAUGUGUAUGCCAGUUUGGGCCAUAUCUGGAAGGACCGCCAAGCCAUGUGCAUGGGGGCGCUGUUGCUACAAUGCUUGACGCAUUGAUGGGUAUCUGUGUACAUCACGCUCUGGAAGGUUAUUAUUUGACGGCAAACCUGAAUAUCAACUACAAAAAUCCGGUUCCAUUAGGAUCCACCGCCAUUUUCCACGCCAAGGUGGACCGACAGGAAGACCGGAAGGGGUACCUUUCUGCCUACGUCACUUCCGCUGACGGGCGCACUACGCUGUGCGACGCCACAUCACUUUUUGUCAAACUCUCUCAAGAGCAGAUGGAGAAAACCAAGAAGUAUCUUCCUCAAGAUUCUCACUCUGAUAAAGUAGUGAAGGCUGAAAAGUCAGUUGUAUAAGUGGACAUGAUACAUUAAUAAGUUGUUUGAUGUCACAUGACGAAAGUAUUGUCCGCCAUGUUAGAUGCUUAAUCCUGAACGUUGCCGGAUAAGCUGGAUUUCUAUCAUAUGAUAUGCUAGUAGUUACAGUGACUUGAUUACAUAUACAUAUUAUAUAUAUACAUAUGUAUAUAUAUAUAUAUAGGAUUU